CUCGAUAUUGAUAAAGAAAUGUGCUAAAUCGAUAUACCGAUAUAGAGAAUCAGCAAUCAAUCAAUAAUGGCAACGGAAACGGAAACAAUACAGCCUGAGGCUGUCACUGAGCCCAAGCUGAAUUAUUUUCAGAAACUGUGGCGAUAUCGCCAAUAUUUGGUGAUCGAACCCUUUUUCUUCUUCUAUCUGAUGGCCUCCGUUUUCAAUUCCGUGGCCAUGCAGAACUUUCCUCUAGAUAAGGCCUGUCGCGUAAAUCUUGGCUAUAGUAAGGCCGUUUGUGACACCACAUUGGAUAAAUCGGUGCUGGGAAUCGAGUGCGAUGACUUCAAUUUCGAGAAUACCACAGAAGGCGCCUCCAACCUACAGGCCCAGAUGGGCAUCUAUUCCGAAGGCUUCAACUACACUGUUUGCAAGGCAGAGCUGGAGGCACAGAUAUUGGCGUCUGCAGUAUCGGGGAAGCGGGCUCCCAUAGCUGCAAUAUUUCCGUUGAUCGUGCUGCUCUUCGCGGGUGGCUGGAGCGAUCGUUACAACAAACGCAAGCCCUGCAUGAUAUUUCCAAUAAUCGGGGAGGCACUUUCCUUCACUUGUCUGCUCAUCUCGGCCAUUUUCUUCGACUCGUUGCCGAUGGAAUUUGGCGCCUACUGUGAGGCUAUAGUGCCUGCUCUAUUUGGAGGCCUGACUUUCUGUCUGAUGGCCAUCUACAGUUACAUAACCAUCGCCACACCCGAAAAUGAUCGCAUCUUCCGUUUUGGUAUCUUCGCGAUGUUUGUGACGGCCGUGCCAUUUAUUGGACAACCGAUCAGUGGCUACUUAUUCCAGAUUCUGGGCUACACAUGGUCCUUUGCCUCGGCCAUUGUGUUCCAAGUCAUUGCAAUACUCUACAUCGUCUUCUUCAUCAAGGAGGUAAAGGCGACCUCCAAAGCGGCCCCGAAACCCAAUGAGAACGACGCCCCACCACUACCCGCGACACUGCCGCCCAGGCAUGCAGCCGAUAACAUGGCCUACGAGACCACAAAUUUGGAUGAGCUGGUCCACAAGAAUGUGAACUUCGAGUUGGCGCCACAGAUGGAACCGCCGUCAGUAAAGCACGAGCCACCGAAGCUCGAUGUGCCACCGCCACGUCGUUCUCUGUGUCGCGAACUCUUCGAUCCCACGCUAGUCAUCGACUGCAUUAAGUUCCCUUUGAUUAAGCGCGAGAAUAACGGACGUAUGCUAUUAAUUCUGCUGAUCUCGGCCUAUUUCUUAACCCUUGGUCCGGUCUCUGGCGAGAACGAUUACUGGUAUCGCUAUACGCUGAAAAAGUUGAACUGGAACGGCAAUGAUUUCAGCAUCUAUCUAACAUUCUCAUCGGCCUUGGCCUUGAUAGGCACCUUUAUUGGAACUGCCAUUCUAAGUAAGCUUCUCAAGUUCUCCGACCCUGUCAUUGGAAUGCUCUCGGCCGUCUCCAUUGUCGUUUCGCGUGUUUUGUUUGCCUUCUCAACCGACACCACAUCCUUCUACGUGGCUGGAAUAGUGGACAUGCUUGUUAGUCUGCGUGUAAUUGCAAUUAAAACGAUUGGCUCGAGCAUCGUGGAUGGCGAGGAAUUGAGCAAAAUGUAUUCAAUAUUCGGCAUAAGCGAGCCCAUUGGUCAGUUCAUUUUUCCGCCCAUCUACAGUGCCAUUUACCAGAGCACUAUUGAAUCAUUUCCGGGCGCCAUUUGGCUGUUUGGUGAAAUAUUCUACAUUCCCAAUGUACUGGUGUUCAUUCUCUGUUACUUCCUGUUGCGUCGCAAGAAGGCCAAGGAUCAACAAAAUGUCGUGGAGCUGGCACAGAAUGGAGCCAACAAUGGCCAUACAAAUCCGGAUACUGAAAUAACUAGUCUUUAACCAAAACACCCACGAAUUACUCCCUGUACAUAUUUCUAGCUAAAAAUAAGAAACGUUUGCAUUCGCAACAUUUUAUUGCCACCUUC